AUGGAACGAUUUACCACCUUUGACGGAGAAUGCCCACCCCACGGACCACAAUAUGGUACGGUAAUUGAACAUGUGCUUCCGGAAGACUACCGUUGGCCAAAUGCCACCGUUCCGUACAACUACGAUGGAACAUUCGAUCCAGUUCAGCUAGCGAACAUUCGCGAAGCAAUGGAAACGCUCUCGCAUAGAACUUGCUUGCGGUUCAAGGAACGGACGUUCGAAGACCGAUAUCUCACGAUAACCAACACUCCAGACGAUGGUUGCUGGGCGGACACGGGACGUCAGCAGCAUGGUCCUACGUACGCGAACCUCGCAGCAACGUGUACUAAGCGCUCCGGAACGAUACUUCACGAGUUGCUGCACGUUCUGGGAUUUCCGCAUCAGCAUGCACGUCCCGAUCGCGAUCACCAUGUGUGCGUUUGGUAUGAACACAUCCUACCCCAACCGGCUGCCCUGUACAGCUACGAAAUCGUACGUCCUUGGCCGAAACUGGCGUUUCCUUUGCCGUACGACUUCGAAAGCAUCAUGCACUACACGCCGGAUAUGUACAGCAUCGCAGCUGGCCAACUGUCUACCUUAACUGCGCGACACCCUUGGAACGUUGCUGCGGUGGGACAAAGAGAACAGUUGACGGACUAUGACGUGCUGGGAAUACAGUUUUUGUACUGCGUUUAA